GCGUGACGACAGCGCUCGUCCCCGGUGCGCAUGCGCGCCUUUCCCGGGGCGCACGCGAGCCGCUUUCUGCUUCCUUCGCACGCUUUCGUUGCUUUUCUGGUGUUGUUGUUGUUUUUAUUUCGUUCCGUCGGCGGCCUGCAAGGGCGUUCGUCGUGCUGGCAAACUUUGACGAUGUCGUCCGACUCCCUGAAACUCUCCAAAAACCUCUUACGCAUGAAAUUCAUGCAGAGGGGUUUGGACGCCGAGACCAAGAAGCAGCUGCGAGAAAACGAGAAAAGGAUCAUCAGUGACGAGCACUGGUACCUGGACCUGCCCGAGCAACACACGCGAGAGAACCCCAUCGUGGAGGAACGAAGUUUUGUUCCCUUCGAGGAACUCUUGUACGGCCGCAUGUCCUUCAAAGGCUUCAACCCGGAAGUGGAGAAGCUGAUGGCGCAGAUGAACCCUCGGCAGGACCGACGGGAGGACGAAGACGUCGAUGCCGGCCGCAUGCAGACGGACGUGACGGACGAAGAGAUGGCGCUCAGGUACGAGAGUUUAGUGGGAAGCCUGAAGAAGAAGUUUGCCCGCAAGCGAGAGCGAGGCGCCGUCGAAGACGACCUCCCCGAGGACGACGAGAAAAACCCAAAAAGGAAAAUGUGACACGUCAACUUUUUAAUUUGAAU